CUGCAGAAUCUGCAAUGUCUCAUCUUACUGAGCUUCACAAAGUGGUUAUGAGCCAUCUGAGUCAAGCGGUAUCUGCAACAAUACAGGCUAAACGGAAACCUUCAGAUGACAGGGGCAGGAAAAAGAUGGAGAAAUUGCUAAAUCAAGCAAGACAAGAUAUUGCACAGCUGACGGACCAGUUGCUACAUACACAAGAAGAUCUAACAUUAAAAGACCGCCAAAUGAAGGACCUUCAGAAGCUGAAUGAAAUGAGACUUAUGGAGAUUCAUCAUGUUAAAAGUCAAAUGGAAGUCACAAAAAAAAGUCUCCAGAUUCUACAGGAGGAAACCACAAUUCAAUGCUCACUUCUGGAGUCUGAAAUUAGAAGAAAGACUGAACAAUUGGAGAUGCUUGAAAAUGACAAGGCUCUUAAAAAAGAACAGCUGGUUAACUCUACUUCUCAGUGGGAAAUAACAGAUUGUAUGUUAAGCAAUAGUAAUGAUGACAUUACAGCCAUUAGUAAAGAGCAGAACCUCUUAGAAGAUUAUAUGGAAGCAGCUAAAGAAACCCCACCUAAAAAUAUUUCAGCUCCAUCACAGACCCCUGUGGCAGACAAAGACAAUCUUGUGCAUACAUUAUCUAAUGUGGAAGAGCUCAACUCAGCAUCCCAUCAGCUUUCUGCCAGCAAUGUUUGCUUGACACCUCCACCUGACUUACCAAUACUACAAACUGAUGCUGCUCAUCAGAGAGUCAAUGAGGGUUCACUGUCAAACUUUGCUUCAUCCUCUGUUGUUCCACAUGAACACGAAAGUCUACUUUCUAUGACAAAUAAGAAUGAUGAGUCUGCAAUAUCCCAGCCAAACUCAGAAGAAAUAACAAAUAGUGAUGAUGUGUCAUUUCCUUUGCCUAGUAAUGGAUCUGAUACUACAGCUUUGGACAGUGAGAUUGAUCAUGAAAUCUAUGCUAUAUCUUCAAGUGAAAGGUACAAUAGUCCGAUUUCUAAUAAAACAGAACGGUUUACUCAGGCCAAUAAUGGGGGAAUUAUUCAUCUGAAUGCUAACAAGAUGCCCAGACCCACCAUUCCACUUAAGCCUGAUGAAGACUUAAAUACUAUGGCAUCAACUCAUAUACACAACACAAAUACUGAUGUGAAUGAGCUGAAUAACAUUACAUACAGAUCUCAGCCAGCUGCUACUAUUACAGAAGCACCAUUAACUGCGUUUGACAAUACAUUCACCACUUCAGUCUCUGAGCCUAAACAAGAUGCCAGUGGAAGCAUAUCAGUUUCUCUUCCUGCCAAGAAAACUGACAAUUUAGCAUCAGAAACUAAAACCCCAUUUACUGAAGCACCCAAAACAAGAUCCAUCCCCUGCAUGAGCUCUGGUUAUGGGCACCAGUCAUCUGAACCGCAUACGCUUAGAGAUACCCUUCUUGAAACAGAACAUCAGACAAGACAAGAGGAAGAAACAACAGUGGAAGCUUCUGACAGUGGCGAUGGUCAUACAGAGUUAUGGUGGCUUUCAGAACGAUUACAUAAAUGUGUAAGGGAGAUAAGAAACCUGCUUAUCACUGAAGGUUUCCACUCCUUGGCUGAUGUUUUUGCAGAAGAAGUACAAGACAAAAGUGAAGCUUUAUCCACAAAUCUUACUCAAGUUGAAAACUUCCCAACAGUAUUACAGAGAUUACUCCAUAACAUCACAAUGAGGAACGCUGAAGAUCAAGAGUUAACAAAUGACCAUUCACCAGAUUCUGUCAUAAGGAAAGAAGAAGAUAGGAAUAAAAUAGACAGUUUUCUGCCUCAACAUAAUGAAGAAGAAAGCCAAAAGUGCAAUGGGGUUCCUAUGAAGACUCACCUUAGCAAUGAUUUUGGGCAUACUUCCUCAUUCCUAUUUGCCCAUACUGAUGAAGAACAUAUUAGGCAAGAAAUGCAAAAGGCAUGCUUACAGGGCAGGAUUCCAGUCCACAUAUGUCAGGAUAUCAGUAAAUUGAUGGCAAAGUAUCGUAUUCUGUGUCAAGAGAAACUACAGAGCCUAGUUUGGGGUUAUGUGCAAUAUAUAUCCUGGAACAGGGCUGAAAAUCUCCUAAGAAGGCAGUGCCUCAAUAGACCACAAAUAACUCCUAUCUUAUAUAAACUGCAGAAGCAAAAAGAUCAGGCUUACCUACAAUGGAGGGACAAAAUACUGCAAAGCCAAGAGCAGCGGCUGCGUCUCUCAGCGGUUCUUAACCAGACUUUACAAAGAGUACAUGAGGACACUGGAAUACUUUUGAUCAAGCCUCUUAUAUCUUGGGCAGGCAGUUCAGAACUGGAAACUCGCAAGCAAGUCAACUGUAGUAAAAAAACUUUUCGUCACGCUUGUUUCCCCCCAGUGUGCCAGCAUGGCCUAUCAUGUCAUGGGAUAUCUCCUAAUCAUGUAACCAAGACAUGGAAGAAUAUGCACAUCCACACAGAGCUGAGGCCACUAGUGGUUACCCCUAAAUUGUUGGAGAUGGAUAUACAUAGAUACUUGUGUAGGGAAUGUUGUGUGAUGUCACAGCUACGCCGUUCAUUACAUCAAUUCUCUUUAAAUCAACCUUCAAACCUUGUUAAUAUCAAGCGGACUGCUACUUUCCCUGCACUGUGAAAAAAUAGAAAGAUGGGAAGACUGAUUUACUCUGCUCUAUCAAACAUUUUAAUGCACCAGUGUGGAGUGCCAAAUAUAUCUAAACAAAAGUGUUGUGUUGUGGGUUUUUGUCCCUAGUGAGAAGUCGGGGUGUGAUAUGAUUGGCCAGCUGACUUAGGGUACGUUCAUAUUUUUGCUGCAUCUCUGCUGCAGAUUUUUCUGCCAAUUGACUUCAAUCGGUAGCAAAAUCUGAUACAGAAAAUCUGCACGUGAGUAUGAACAUACCCUUAGGGUAGGGUCACACGGACAGAUCAGCCGACAAUGGACCCUACUGUGUGCCCCCAGCUGUGCCAGCUUGUAGCAGCAAAUUGUGUGAGUCGUUGUGCACAUGCGAGGUGUACUUGCACACAUCUUGGCCGCUUCCCCUGCUCCCUGAGCUAGGCUGAGAGCAGCCGCGAUGUGUGCGAGUAUACUGCGCAUGUGUGUGACACAAUCAUAUUGAACAUCUUGACCCUAAAAUGAAAGUAGUGAUGUCCUUAGUGUGACCAUUUCUGGUUAUUUCAGUAAAUUGUAUCUUGCAAUAUUGUACUGUUCUCCAUGUCAGCUGUUCUUUCCAAUAAAG